GUAAAUAAAUGUAAAUAUUUUAAUUUAAAUUUACAACAAAAAAUGUCAUUUCCAAAAUCUGACGACCUCCAUUCAUUAACAACUUCAGACUUAACAAAAUUAAUUCCGGGCACUCAACAUUCAUUCCAAACUUUAAUUAAUCAAUUAAUUAAUUCAAAUGGAUUUUUAAAUAAAUUAAAUAAUAAAAAAAUAAAAUUAAUAAAAUCUUUGCCAAUUGACGGGCAGGGAUUAAUGUCCCAUACUUUUAAAAUUUGUAUUUUAUUAGAAGAAAAUGAAGAGGAAUUUAAUGCAAUAUUAAAGGUUACAACAACACAAAAAUUAGAAAGAUUUAGACCUGGAGAGAUUAAAGCUUUUGAUAACGUAUCGAGUAUAAUAUUUGAAUUUUGUCAAGCUGAGGCUGAUUUUUAUGAAUUAGCACUCCCUCAUUUUUUAAAAGACAAAGAAUUAGCUAAAAUUUUACCAAAACUUUAUGCUUUACGGCGAAGUCCAGAUAAAAUACAGAUAGAAAAAGGAUUUAUAAAAUCAGCAAUUCUUCAAUUAUCUAAAUUACACGCUUCUUCAAUGCUUUUACCUUCAGAAAUAAUUAAAAAAUUUAAUUUACAACAUUAUGGUGAUAUUAGAGGGUUAGAAGAGGAUAUUUUAGAUAGAGUAUUGAAUAUUGGAUCCUCUUAUUUUCUUUGUCAUCAAAAAAUACUUUUAGCUUUUUUAAAAAAGCACAACAAAUUAAAGACAGAUUUACACAUUAAAUAUGGUAUUCCCCCAGUUCUUUGUCAUGGAGAUUUUUGGGCUAAUAAUUUAUUUUUCUCAAACAAAAAAGAAAAACUUUCUGCUAUUUUAGAUUGGCAAACACCCCACGCAAGUAAAUUAAAAAAUAAAAAAAUUUGUUUAAAUUAA